CUCCUCCCUCUGCUUCUGGGCAGGGUUCUCCACUCCCACUGCCCUGCUCCUACAGGCAGAUUCUAUGGGCUCUCUGGCUUGGUCUCACUGUCGGGGAAGUCACCCUGUGCCCACUGCAGUCUGGCCUUUCCUCCUCUUGCUGCAGUCCCAGCCUCUGGCUUCAUGUAUUGCUUUCCAGGGGAAGGUUCUAGCCCGUGGCUAUCCAGCCAAGGGUUCUGCCCUCUCCUCCUCUGCUCUGUCCCCUAACUUGUCCUCUCCAGCCUGGCAGCAAUUCAGCCCCCUGUUUCAGCCCUCCUGCCCGUGGACACUGGAGGCUUGGGGUCCAGAGGCUGUCAGCUGGUGCCCUGCAGGACUAAUGUCUCUCCAUUUUUUUUUUUUUUUUUGCGGGGGGUGGGGGGGGCUCUUCUCCCCUCCCCCUCUGGCUCUGUCCAAGGAAUUUUAUGGAAAGGAUCAGCUCUUGGCAAGGCUAGGUAGGGCUGGAGGAGGGGAGGGAGGGUGUGAACUCCAUUUGCUCUUCAGCUUGGCUGGCCGGGAAGAAUAUGGGAUUAAAAUCUUCUUCAGAUCCUGUGCCAGGAGAGAGCGUCUUUGGGGAACAGGGGCUGGAAAAAAAUCACUUCCUUGUGGAGAAACCGCAGUUGGAGGAUGAGGGGGAUAUUAGGUCUGCACUUGGGUGGAGUGACAGUAGACGUUAGGUCGGAGAAGAAAGUGUGUGUUUUGAGGGGGAUGUAUGAGUGCGCUCUCAGUCGCUCAGUUGUGUCUGACUCUUUGCGGCCCCAUGGACUGUAGCCCACCAUGCUCCUCCGUCCAUGGAAAUGUUCAGGCAAGAAUACUGGAGCGGGUUGCCAUGUCCCAUUUGGGGGCUUGAGGGGUGGUCAAAGGAGUCCAGUAGGAAGGCCCUCCCAGAGGGCUCUGGAAGGGUCCCUGCCACCCUCUGCCUCCACCUCACUAUAGCAGAGUACUGGUGUGUGAGAGCCUUUCCUUGACCCUUGGCUCCUCCUUUCCCAACAACUCUCAAGGGAGUUCCCAGAACUUUGGUAGGAUGCUCUGAGAUUCUCUUCAGGCCUCCCUAAGGCCUGUUCUUCUGCCGUUUCAUUUUCUUCUUUGCAAUCCUGCCCUCUCCAGGACAGAGAAUAGCAGGGUCUUCUUUUUCCUAAGACUUUUCUCAGCUCACAUUUCUCCAAACUGGCUCUCAGACUUCCUCCAGACACCAAGGAAGGAUGGUUCUGGGGGACCCCAAGAGUCACUACCUCAGGUUGGGCUUGGCCCAGCCCCAAAUCGCCUUGCCUCAAGGCAGUUAGAGAGAGGAGUCUUCGUGCUCUAGCGUCCUUGCCCAGUAGGGACCCCAGUUGGAGCAGCUCUUUUAAGCUCCACAUUCCCUUUCUGGGCACCCGGCCCCUCUCCUGCCCCUCCCCUUCCCUUCCCUUCCUCCAGGGACUCCAUGGCAACGCAAAAGCAAGGGCAGUUGUCAUGGAAACAGUCCUUUAAAAUUCCCUGAAUUUGGGGCACAGCCCUCCAGGGGUGGGGGUGGGGGAUGUUAGGGUCUGACUGACUAGGGCACGGCCUCUGUGUCUCACCACCGCUGCUCAUCUCUACAGAGGGUUCCCCAAGCCCUGAACCCUGCUCUCCUCGCAGCCCCAGAGAUCCAGGGACAGAUUCCCACUGUGUUUUUGAUGACUUUCCUGGAUGCCUUGGAGACAGGCUACGGGAAGUACAAGAACCCUUACCACAACCAGAUCCACGCAGCUGACGUCACCCAGACGGUCCACUGCUUCUUGCUCCGCACAGGGAUGGUGCACUGCCUGUCGGAGAUUGAGGUCCUGGCCAUCAUCUUUGCUGCAGCCAUCCACGACUACGAGCACACUGGCACCACCAACAGCUUCCACAUCCAGACCAAGUCGGAAUGUGCCAUCCUGUACAACGACCGCUCAGUGCUGGAGAAUCACCACAUCAGCUCUGUUUUCCGAAUGAUGCAGGACGACGAGAUGAACAUCUUCAUUAACCUCACCAAGGAUGAGUUUGUAGAGCUGCGAGCUCUGGUCAUCGAGAUGGUGUUGGCCACAGACAUGUCCUGCCAUUUCCAGCAAGUGAAGUCCAUGAAGACAGCAUUGCAGCAGCUGGAGAGGAUUGACAAGUCCAAGGCCCUCUCUCUGCUGCUUCAUGCUGCUGACAUCAGCCACCCCACCAAGCAGUGGUCGGUUCACAGCCGCUGGACCAAGGCCCUCAUGGAGGAAUUCUUCCGCCAGGGUGACAAGGAGGCCGAGCUGGGCCUGCCCUUUUCUCCGCUCUGUGACCGCACUUCCACCCUCGUGGCGCAGUCCCAGAUUGGCUUCAUCGACUUCAUUGUGGAGCCCACGUUCUCUGUGCUUACUGAUGUGGCUGAGAAGAGUGUCCAGCCCACCGGGGACGACGACUCCAAGUCUAAAAACCAGCCCAGCUUCCAGUGGCGCCAGCCUUCUCUGGAUGUAGAAGUGGGAGACCCCAACCCUGAUGUGGUCAGCUUCCGCUCCACCUGGACCAAAUACAUUCAGGAGAACAAGCAGAAAUGGAAGGAACGGGCGGCAAGUGGCAUCACCAACCAGAUGUCCAUUGACGAGCUGUCCCCCUGUGAGGAAGAGGCCCCCGCCUCCCCUGCCGAAGACGAGCACAACCAGAACGGGAAUCUGGACUAGCGGGGCCUGGCCCAGGUCCUCACAGAGUCCAGAGUGUUCGAUGUCAUCAGCACCAUCCAUCGGGACUGGCUCCCCCAUAUGCUCCGAGGGAGCGUGGACGUCGAGGAACAGAAAACCCACCCGAAGGAUGAAUGCCAGAGAUUGUGGGGUUGGGGGAAGGGCCCUUCCCCACCCGACACCCAUUGGGGCGCACUUUAUUCUCCUGGUGGAAAGACUGGGAAACUUCGGGCUCCCAAUGGUCACUGUGUCCAUCCCCCUGCCUCUGGACUCUCCCCGUGGCCAGAUGACUGGUUGGAGGGGAGCUUCCUGGAGGUUUCCCAGGGCUUGGGGGGAGGGUCAGAGAUGCCAGCCCCCUGGGCCCUCCCCCAUCCUUUUUGCCUCCAAGUUUCUAAGCAAUACAUUUUGGGGGUUUCCUCAGCCCCCUACCCCAGAUCUUAGCUGGCAGGUCUGGGUUCCCCUUUUCCUCCCCUGGGAGGGGCUGGAACAGGAUAGGAAGCUGGGGGUUUUCAGAGCUCUGCACAGGGAGGGGCGUGGGCUCCUUCAGGGCAUGGCACCUUUCUAGGGCCUGGGAAUGGGGGCAUCCUCUGUACCCCAGACCUGCACUGCUUCACCCCCACCCCUGCCCAGACUCUGCGGUCUUCCCUCCCUCCCAUUCUGGAAUGGUGACUGGGGGAGGAGGAGCCAGAGAGGGGGCUGAGUGGGGGGGGUCCUCAAGGACCUGUCACCUGCUCUGGCCGAGUCCUGAACCCGUCGCCUCCUUCCCCUCCCCUGGGGCCGGGAGGCUCCCAUCCGACCAAUGUCUGUAAAGUGCUUUGAGGUCUCCCCAGCAGAGCACCUUCAGGAUGCAUCCUAGAGCACAGGCGGGAGAGCUGGGUUGGGGUCAAGGGCGCAUGGGGAGGGUGAGGUGUCCUCAGCAGUCCUGCGUUGCUGACAGAGAGGGUCCUGCCCUUCCAGCCCCGGCCCAGGAGGCCCCUUCCUGGGGCAAGUGGGGAGUGGCGGGUGGAAGGCAGCCGGCAGCCCAGCCAGGCCCCCGCCCCUUCCUCUCCUCAGGCUCCUCUGGCCCCGCUCUGUCCCAGGAAAGGCCCAAGUCCAGUGACUGCCCUCCUCCUUCCUUGUAAAUACCAGACAUGCAUUUGUACAGUGGGCCCUGUGCGUGUGAAGUCGUAGCCACGGUCUUUGAGACCUGCCACCUGCCACUCGUUCCUCCUACCCCACCCAGAGAGGGGUAGAGACGCAUGUGACUGACCCCUGUCCUCGGUCUCUCGGAACCCUGCUAUAGCCAGAGGUCAAUAAAGAAAGGAGACCAGGCCUGGCUGUGUGUGUUGUUUGCCGGGUGAAAGUGCACUGGGCGUCUUCACGUGCAAAGUCUCUUCAAGCGGACAAAACCCUGGUGCUGUGUGUGCCCUGUUAUAUACGGAGGCCAGAGAGGGGAGGUUCUGCCCGAGGGUGCGCAGCAGGGCUGGCAGAAGGGACCUUCCACUUCUGAAGCGCUUUUUAUUCUCUCCAGCAUACCACUUCUUCUAAAGAGGGGUGAAUCUUGCCUUCCCUCCACUGCCUGGAAAAAGCAGAAGCGGUGGGCAGGAGAGGCCUGGCUGUGGUGUCUGAGAAAGGUUAUUCACCUCUGCUCAGCUUCUGUCGUUUACCCUGGCCCCUCAGUGCCAAGGACAAGGGGAGAGGUGACCUUUCCAGUUCCCAGCAAGCACCUCUUCGUGAAUGGCUCCCGUGGCCUCAAUCUAGCUUGGCUAACAGGUUGGAAUCUGGGUGGUGGUCUCCUCCCAGCUGCAGAGGGAACACAUCCUGAAGCUUGGGAAUCACCAAGUCUCAGAGGGCAGGCAAGGAGGCAUUGAAGCAACACACCCUCUUUCCCAAGGGCCAAGGGCCAGGGUGCAGUUCCUGGCUUUGUCCAGCAGAGGGCGCGCACAGCACCAUCACAGCUGGCCAGGCCUUAGGGUUCCAAGGCCUCUCCUCCCAGCAAAGUAAGGGUAGGGCUGGAGAAAAACACCUCCCUUCUCAAGGCUCCUGCUCAGCUUCCCUUUUCCCUCCUUCCUGGAGG